GAAAAUGGAAUACAUGUUCCUUCUGAAUCUUGUAACGCUGGCCCUACACUAUGCUUCUGCGGACAGUUCUCACAGGAUAUUUCAGGAGGAUCACUAUGUGGGACAUCAGCAUAACCAUAAGCAUGAUGCGAACUCCCUCCUCGGCUCAGAUGAGAAAGCUGAACUGAAGAAGCUCAGUCCUUUAGAGCAGAGAAAGAGAUUGGUGGAAAUAGUGCAGAAGAUUGAUACAAAUUCUGAUAAAUAUUUGACCACGGAGGAGAUCACGCUGUGGAUACAGAAGGUGUACAGAAAAUAUGCACUCGAUGAUGCAGAGGAGCGAUUUCCGGAGUUUGACAAAAAUAAAGAUGGUAUUGUGUCCUGGGAGGAGUACAACACAGUUCUUCACGGGCAUUUUGUGGAGAUGGAUGAAAACACUGUUCUUGAAGAUCCAGAGGAAGAGUCUCUCAGAUUUCUUCAUUUAAAGGAAAAAAGACGCUUUGACUUUGCGGAUGUGGAUGGUACCCUUGGCCUGAACCUAACAGAAUUUCUAGCAUUUACGCACCCAUCAGAAGUAGAUCACAUGGCUGAUUUUGCCAUUGAGGAUGUGUUGACCGAGUAUGACCAAGACAAAGAUGGGUUUAUCAGUUUAAGUGAAUUUAUCGGUGACAUUCGAGCAAAUGAAGGAGAUGACCCUUCACAAUGGGAGAUUGAGGAGACUGUCCGUUUUAAGGACUUGUACGAUCAAGACAGAGAUGGUAAGCUGAACCGUGAGGAGCAGCUCUGCUGGGUUGCCCCCAACAGCUAUGGCUCAGCGAGGGAGGAGGCAAUUUAUCUGAUCAAAGAGAUGGACCAGGAUGGUGAUGAGAAGCUCUCUGAGGCUGAGAUCCUGAAAAACCAGGACAUUUUUAUGAACAGUGAAGUAACGGACUAUGGAAGACAGAUCCACGUGUUACAUGAUGAAUUAUAAUCCUUAGUUGUUGUUUUUUUCCUAAUUGUACUUCAACUUUAAUAGUCAUUUGAGUGUCGUUGGAUUUUUUCAUAGUCCAUAUUCGCGCUCAUAGUCCCUAGUUCCCUUCUUAAUAAUUUAACUCUGUAAAAUUACAUUAUCUUUAAAGC